AUUUUUAAAGGAAUCUAUACAGUGAUGGUGAUACACUUCCUGUUCAUGGAAGAUGAAUUAUCUUCAUCUAUUUUUUUCAACUCGGAUGAAAUAAGAAACCAUCUUAUCUAUUCCCAUUUUGUCUACGUUGAUGCCACUAUUAUAAACCAACUUCUCUAGAUAUCCUAGUGUUUACUUGAUUUUCUGAAAUCGGAUGUGUUCCAGGCUCGUAACGUCAGGCCGUAGUGAUCCGUUAUCACAACAGUGAUCGAUUCAUCUUCUGAAAACUAGGUAAUAUUUAGUUUAUAAAUUCUUUAUUGAGUUGACAAGACAGGCAAUGGAUCGAGAAAACGGACAGUUAUCGUGAAAAAACCGAACAGAGACUGGAAAAGGCCAGAUCAAACCGAUCACAGGUCCGAGUACGCAGCGAGUCGAUAAGUUUCUUCUCGAACUUUCUUGCCCGUCCACCUGCGCAAUAUUAUUCCUCGAUAAUAAUCAUAUAUGGAUAAUAAUAAUACGUCGCUAGAUUGAAUUGUUGUAUAAAGACAAUAAAUCGUAAUUGUAAAUCAAAACAAUACUGAAUACAAUGCAUGACUCAAAGAAAACAAUUUCAGAUAAAUCUUUUACCGCAGCCUAGCUUGUUCACCUGGCCAAGGGGAAGUGACGUCAGUGCUUUCCCGCGGCUACUUUAACACUGCUGCCGUGUGAUGUUUCAUUUCGAAGGGUUGAACCUGCCCCGAUAACGUGAUAUUUAGCCCCAGGAAUACGACCUUUACCAGGGAGAACCUCACCAGAAUAGGUGUAUUUUGCCUUGCAACGCGGUUUUUACCGGGGAUCGCACCUGAAAAGCGAUUGGGCAAGUUUUGAGUAACUCGACGGGUCUUGCUGUGAAAAGUUAGUUCAUUUAACAGUGCGUCAUGCUUCUGUACAGUAAUCCGGCACCGCUCAUAACAACAUCGAAGAUGUGCCUCUUUCUGCUAGUUAUUUUCUCUCUCAUCGGUGCCAGUGCAGGUGAGAUGUCGCCAGCGCCGACACCAGAGUUUCGUCGAUGCUUUCCCCAGUGGGUUAACGCCAGUCAAGUUCAAGUCAGCUGUAACAACACCUUGAUUGCUCAGCUUUGUGAUCCUGAUCAGAGCUGUCGAAACAUGAAUAAUACCGGAGUCUCGCUAGAAAAGGACAGAGAAGGAGUGUGCCUAAACAUCACCAACUGCUCCUAUGAUGCACGGUCCUGCAAAGCACAGAGUUACAUCGAUAGUGAACAAUCUGAGGAGAAUUUUACUGUGAACAUGACGUGCAACCAUGAGUCACAUUCAGAGUCUAUUGCUGUUGGGAUCACUGUGUCAGUCAUCAUCAUCAUCAUCAUCAUCAUCAUCAUCACCAUCAUCAUCGUCAUCAUCAUCAUUGUGCUGAUCAUCUGUUACAAGAAGGUGACUUGCUUCAGGACAGCCAUUCGUGACUUCUGUCAUCGACAGUGUAUAAAUAGGACUCCUACAGAAAAGCAGGACAAUGAGUCAGAAGAGAGUUUCCUGGAAUCAGGAAAAAAUGGUGUAAAGUAUGUCAGACAUUUACACUGUAUCGUGAUGGUUUGUCAUAAAGCAUUCGUCUUUGUGGCACACUAUUCAGUUAAGUGACAUCCCUGUUUACAAGGCAGUCAACAGACCAUUGUCUUAUAGUAGAGGUCUGCAUGAGAGGUUAGCUCACCUGUACUCUGCAAUCAAUAUCCUGCCACACUGUUGGAUCAGAUCCCAUCAGGGGUGGACUGGGACCAAAAAGUGUCCUUGGAUUUUCUGGCCCACAACAGCCCGCCACAUCAUAAUACAUCCGGUCCUGUUUUGAUGUCAUUUAUUAAUUUAAUAUUUAAGUAAACAGAUUGGGGAUUUUAACCAAUAGGGCAACUGAUCCUCCGUUGAAACAAAAAAAAAAAACCUGCAUGCAGCAUCUGUUUAUUUAGCGACCAGUGUUGCCAAGUCCGCUUAAACGUGAUUUUGGGCUUGUUUUUCUGUAAAGUCGCUUACAAAUAUUGGU